AAGGGGGGCAUCCUGGGGCCCGGGCUGUGCAUGGCCCUGGCGCUGCGUCCGCGACACGCCGCAGCCGGCGAGGUGGGCGCAGUGCUGCUCAGGCACGCCGACCUGGUGUAUCAGACCUUCCUGCAGCAGGCCGGGCUCUGGCAGGGUGCGGGCCACGCAGGUGCCGAGGCGGCCGCCCAGGCCGCCUACUCAGCCGCGGACGCGGCCAGCCUGGCCGCCGCGGCGGCGGCAGCGGCGGGCGAGGCCCUGACCAACUGGAGCGGGCCGCUGGAGGGCGUGAGCUGCCCACAGGCGCCAGCCUGCACCUGCUCGUGCCCGAAGGUGCCGGAGUGUCCACCCGAGGCGGACGGUGACGUGAAGGAGGGCUUGUGGCACCUGGCGGGAGGCGCGGUGGGCCACAUCGUCCUGGUGCUGGGAGCUCCCCUGCGGGAGUCGCGCCCGACGGCCUCGGCUCCCCCGGGCGUGCCGCGCUGGCAGGGCCUGGCCGCCCUGCUCCUGGAGACAGGGCACGCCGCCGUGGAGGAAGAGUUCUGCAAUGAGCUCCUCGUGGGGAGCUAUGUGGCCGUGUUCUACACGGAAGAUGAUGUGUGGCAUGAGCGUCAAAUUUUGUUCCAGGUCGACGCCCAGCACUGGGUGGUGUACACCCCCGACGGCGACAUGUACAUAGAGAAUGUGAUGGCUGGGGAUCCCGACUCGGGUCCGUGCCGCGCGGCCAUCCUGCCUGCUGACGGCACCCUCCCGUUCUUCCUCAGGGGCAAGACCUACAGGUUCCGUGACUUCCCGGACGAGCAGCGGCUCCUCGACCUGAUCAAUGAGGGGUACCAGCUCGCCGUGUCCGAGGGCGGCGAGGUCGUGGGCCCGACGGCGUACACCGACGCCAUGGGGCAGAGGCAGCCGUUGGAGUUGCACGAGGGCAUCUACCGGCGUGCGCGCGGGCGCCCGCUACCGGCUCUGCCGCCUCCUCUUGAGCCCCCAGAGGGCGGAGACCUCCUCGUAGGGGGCACCCGCACUCCCGAGGUCCUCGACGCGGAUGUGGAGCUGGUGAACGACGGGGGCCGCUGGGUGUCCCUCGUCACGAUCGGUUCCGUGCGCCGUGGCGACCCUGUGGAGCCCGAGACGGGAGACAAGGUGCUGGGCGAGCUGGCGCUCCACCGCAUGCCCAAUGGUGAGGUGAUCGCCGCGUGUCGUCCCGACUACCUGAGCAAAGUCGUGGAUGGAGGUUCGGCUGCCGACGGCGGCGACGCUCGAGUGCUCGCCCCCGUCUCCUAUGACCCAGGCGGGCGACGCCGGUGUGACUUUGCCAACGCUGUCAGCAAGAUGAGCACAGAGCCGAUGGAGGACUUCCCGCUGGAGGGCGAGAGGUCGGCGCUGUGGCUCUUCAAGUACGUUCGUGAUCACGGCGGCGCGUUCGACGCCCGCCAGACCAAGUGGACCACGGAGCAGAAGAUCGCCAUCGACUCCACCGCCUACCUUAUCCACGAUCUCGUGGGUCUGGCGCUGGAUCUCUCUGUGUGCUAUGACCAGUGCGAUGGCGGCAACCUGGCCAGUGUCGAGGUGCUGGCGCGGCUGUACCAGCUGGUGGAGGAGACCAACGGGACCCUCCAGCUAGAGGGCCUGGAGCACUACGUGGGCCGCGACCCCACAGGCGGCCUACGCCGCGGGGUCGCGCUCAACCCUGGGCUCGCGCACUAUGCGACCGACAAGAAGAGCAAGGAGACGGAGGUGAUGAAGCAGCGCCGCAAGGCUCGUGAGGAGUCGGCGGCGGCCAAGAAGGCCUCCAAGGGUGGCGGCAAGAAGGAUCAGGUCCAAGAGAGGACCGCCGAGACGAUUCGAGCCAUCAAUCGCCUGGCAGGUUUUGACACGCCCGAGGUGGAGUCCGUCGGGGAGCUGACCGGCCCCUCCGCCCUGGUCUACAGCGACGUGCGGGCGCUUCACGCGGCUCAUGCCCCCGAGCCGGUGAAUUCGAUCAGUCCGCAGGAAGCCUUUCAUGGGCUUCUCGGGGGCACGCCCUCGUCGUACAUGGAUGGCGACGAGGUUUCUCCAGUUCGGCCCUACUCGCGCGAGUUGGUGAGCUGGCCCAAGAGGGGCAACCGCCCGGUCCCGCUGCCGACGAACGCGCCACCGGACCUGCUCCGGUACAUGACAGAGGGCCAGCGAGAUGUGUGGCUGCGGCAGCCGCAGGAGGUGGCGCAGGUCCGGCAGGUUGAGGGCCUGCCGACGCUGUACGGCGACACAGUUUUGAAGGAGAAUCGCGACGCCUACAUCGGCUUCGUGAAGGAUGGCCUUGCUCGGGGGAUCUUCCGCCUGAGCCGCCGUCGGAAGGAGGCCGUCAAGGUCUUUUUCGUGAAGAAGAAGGACUCUAGCAUUCGGAUCGUUAUCGAUUGCCGACGGAGUAACCAACACUUUCGAGCCGCGCCGAAGGUCCACCUAUUCUCGGGCAGCAGCUUCGGGGAGGUCGAGGUCUCGGCGCACCAGCAGAUGUGGUACGCAGGGGGUGACGUUCAGAACGCCUUCUACCAGCACCAGUUUCCGUGCUGGCUGCAGCCCUACUUCGGCCUCGACUGCGUCCGGGCCUCGGAGCUGGGCGUUGCUGAGCUGGACGGCCAGGCCGUGCGGGGCGACCAGAUCCUGUACCCCCUGAUGAACGUGGUUCCGAUGGGGUGGAAGUGGGCCCUCUUCAUGGUGCAGCGGAUCCACGAGCAUGUUCUCGAUGGAGUUCCCGAGCUGGGGCCGCGGCGCCGAGCGGUCGACUUUCGGCCUCCGCCUCGAGUCGAGGACGGGGCGGUGCACACAGUGUAUGUGGAUAACGUGCUGAUCGAGGGGUUCGACAAAGCGGAGGUGACACGACUCCGUGAGGCUGCAUGCGCCGCGCUGCAGCAGGCGGGCUACGCCACUCACGACGAGUCCGACGCUGCGGCGAGCAUGGAGAUGCUGGGCGUCGAGCAGACCGGCUGUCCAGGACGUGUGCAGGUGUCCGCGAAGCGCUACUGGCGGUUGUGGCAGGCGCUGGAGUGGAUCCGGCGCAGGCAGCCUCCUCUGAGCAGCCGUCAGCUUGAGCGUCUGAUUGGCCACUUCACUUUU